CAUCCUCAGUACAAUGCGAUUCCUGCGAAGGCAGACACGUCGACUCCGCUCCAUCUGGCAGCGAAGCCUUCCCGUUCGUUUCCGGCGAGGAAAACUCCAUACCCAACUGGUCACGAUUUGUCUUUACGCGACCGUUUUCCUUAACAUACUUUACGGCGUUUAUCUCGGCCGCUUUUCCUUCAGGCGCAAGAAGUUUGUGUUUUCCAAAGGGCUCACUAUCUAUAGCUUAUUUGUGGCCACGUUCUUUGCGCUGUUUUACAUCUGGAAUAUUUAUAAUGAAAUUUCCACUGGUCAGAUCAAUCUUCGCGAUACAAUUGGAAUAUAUUGUUAUAUGAACGUCUGCGUUUGCCUAUUCAACUAUGUGACCCAAUGGGAAAAAACACUGCAAAUAAUUCGGUUUCAGAAUAGUGUGCCUCUUUUCAAGGUCCUCGAUUCACUGGACAUUUCGGCGAUGAUUGUGUGGCGGGCAUUUAUAUAUGGCUUGCUCAAGAUCGUGUUCUGUCCCCUUAUCACCUAUAUAACGCUGAUUCUAUAUCAUAGACGCUCCAUUUCGGAAAGUCAAUGGACGAGUGUAACGACCACGAAGACCAUGUUGCCACUGAUUGUUUCCAAUCAGAUAAAUAAUUGCUUCUUCGGCGGCCUGGUACUUGCAAAUUUGAUAUUUGCCGCGGUGAAUCGUAAGCUGCACGGCAUUGUCAAGGAGGCCAAUAUGCUGCAGUCACCUGUCCAGAUGAAUCUCCAUAAGCCCUACUACCGGAUGCGUCGCUUCUGCGAGUUAGCCGAUCUUCUGGAUGAGUUGGCUAGGAAAUAUGGCUUCACUGCCAGCCGCUCAAAGAAUUACCUUCGGUUCACGGACUGGUCCAUGGUGCUAUCGAUGCUAAUGAACCUUCUCGGUAUCACCAUGGGAUGCUACAAUCAGUAUCUGGCCAUUGCGGAUCACUACAUCAACGAGGAGCCUUUCGAUCUCUUUCUGGCCAUUGUUCUGGUCGUAUUUCUGGCUGUUCCCUUCCUGGAACUCGUCAUGGUGGCUCGGAUAAGUAACCAAACCCUCGUGGAGACCAGGAGAACUGGAGAACUAUUGCAGCGAUUCGAUCUGCAGCACGCCGAUGCCCGUUUCAAGCAAGUGGUGAAUGCUUUCUGGCUGCAGGUCGUCACCAUCAACUACAAGCUUAUGCCAUUGGGCCUCCUGGAACUGAAUACCUCGCUGGUCAAUAAGGUAUUCUCGUCAGCUAUUGGAAGCCUGCUGAUUCUCAUUCAAAGUGAUUUGACAUUAAGGUUUUCUCUAAAAUAAUGUGGUUUGCAUGACCUUUC